AUGACAGCCCCUGCUGCUCCCUGGCGAAAAGCAACACAACCCCCCAACGACAUCUGCCUCUCUGGCGGAGUAUGCUAUAUCCAAGAUCCAAAUUUCCGAGGUCUCUUGCGACAGGGUGCUUGUACCGACAAGACCUGGAAGAGCGGACAGUGCCCCGAGCUCUGUAAUACGGCCUCCGACGCAACCCUCUACGUAAUCCCCUGCCCCGCCCAAGGCCGCGGCUUCUGGUGCUGCAGUGUAAACGGCACAAACUGUUGCGACGACGCCGUGCGCCUAGACAUGGGCCAGAUGAUCAACGUGUCCGUAACAUCACUCACAUCCGAGGUCUCAUCUUCAUCAGGCUCAUCUGAGUCCUCCCUCUCGUCCUCGGUAUCCCCCGCCUCGUCAUCAUCAAAAGCAUCAUCACCAUCAUCAUCGCCUUCGUCGACGAAUGCCAGCACCACCGAUGCCAAAACCAAUAACAACACCAACACCAAAGACACAACAUGCAAUUCCGGCUCAAGCGCCAGCGCCACAUGCCCAGCCUCAAAAACAACAGUGAUCAGCGCGGGACUCGGCGCUGGAUUGGGCGGGUGUCUUCUGAUCGCUGUUGUGACGAUGCUCGUGCAGCGACGAAUCUACAAGAAAAGUUUGCGACAGAAGGAGGCGAUGAUUGAUGAGAUUGCUGCUACGAGCUCGGCGCAGCAUUUGGUUUAUCCUGUUUACGCGGAGAGGGAGAAGAUGAUGUUUCCGGCAGAGUUGGGGCCGCGGGAUACGCGUAUUCAUGAGGUUGAGGGGAAUCGGCUUAAUGAGAAAUAA